AUGAGUCGAUACCACGGCGAUGCUGCGCAACACAGCUAUCACAGCUCGGCAUGGGAUCCAUCACCUUACGGUGCUACCGAGUACGAUCAGGUUGUGGAGAUGAUUUCGUCCAAUCAAGCCCAGACAGUUCAUCGCAACUCUGCAGGCGUGGGAGCCAACUCCAACGCCCACCGUCUCGCUCCGCCGGCAUCCAACAUAGGUGCUGACUCUCCCUCCAUGUACACCGAUCCCUACGAGGCCUUCAGUAGUGCACCUCCGCUUGAUCACUCCGCAUCAGCAGCCGCACGAGACUCGUACCUUCGACAUGAUCCAUACGGUCCCGAAGAUCGUGCCCUCACCGGCACCAUCUUCCUUGACAGGACCGACACGCUGGCACCCAACGAUAGUAUCAGCAGCUACAACGUCCGCAUCGGCAGAAAUGUCGAGCGCGACCACGCCACCGUCUACACAGACACGAGCGCAGAAGACGCGCUGAGGGCGCAGCACAUGCAACGCAACUCGACAGUAUACCAUGAUCACUUGGAGAAUCCUAGCAGCUACUACGAUCAGCACCACACCGAUCGCGACUAUGCACAUGCACGUUACGAUUCCAGCGCAACCGAGCUGCCGCUCAAGAACCACGCCGAACCCAUGGGCUACGCAGAGGACGAAGACGACGAAACAAAGCAGAUUAGGCGCGGAUCAGCAGCACUCUGGUCCAACCAGAUCGAAGGCUCACAUCCAGCAGCAGUAGACGAGGAAGCCAAAAGCGGCUUGCUGGGCAAGCUUUCCAGCUCGACGAGCCGACGUCUCGCAGGCGAAGAAAAGGUUCGGGAUCAAAUCGAGCGACGUCGACAGGGCAUCGGACGACAGAGAUGGCCAUAUGUAUCGUGGGUGGUUGCUGUGGCGCUUGUGGUCGUCUUCGUCAUCGAGUUAAUCAAGGCCAACGCAGAGACUGGUCAAGCAGUGCAGACACGUCCGAGCAUCAACCCCAUGUUGGGACCUUCAGCUGAAUUCAUGAUCUCGUUCGGUGCGCGCUUCGUGCCGUGCAUGCGCAACGUUCCCGCACUGCCCACCUCGGAACAGCUUCCUUGCCUCAAGGACUCGACUUCAAGUUCGAACCUGUACUCUGCCGACCAGCUGUGCGCGAUCUCGCAGAUCUGUGGUCUGAAAGACGCCAACAAUCCGAACCAAGGCUACCGCUUCGUCACGGCCAUCUUUGUGCACGCCGGAUUCGUACAUAUCUUUUUUAACCUUUUGGUGCAACUGACGCUGUGUGCGCAGAUCGAGAAGCUGAUCGGAUCGAUUGCGUACUUUAUCGUCUACUUUGCCGGUGGUAUUGGAGGGAAUCUGCUGGGUGGAAACUUUGGGUUGAUCGGACAGCCUGCGCUGGGUGCAUCUGGUGCCAUCUACACAUGCAUCAGCAUUGAGCUCGUGGAUUUGUGCUACAACUGGAAGUACGAGUAUCGAGCCAAGAUGCGACUGCUCAUGUCGAUUGGGUUCGCCAUUCUUGGGCUUGCGCUCGGACUGUUGCCCGGGUUGGAUAACUUCGCGCACAUUGGCGGUUUCUGCGUUGGACUGCUGGGCGGUUUGAUGUUUGCACCGUCUAUUCAUUCCAGUAAACGCCAUAGAGUGGUGACGUGGGUGUUGAGGAUUCUUGCGCUCGGCUUGUUGGUUGGCUUCUUUGCUGGCUUGGCCAGCAACUUUUACAAUUCGCCCGAUCCCACAAAAGCAUGUACGUGGUGUAGGUACUUGAGCUGUUUGCCCAUCUUCAACUCGUGCAAGGGCACCGGCCUAACCACGAGCAGUGCCAGUACCACUUGA